UGAAGAGACGCAGCAACACGCAGAUCCUCAGGAGACGUCUUCCGUCGGCGCCACCGCGAGAAUCUCUGCACAUCAUGAGGGUUCCUCUCGAGCCGGUUCUACUGGACGUGGGGCGGUUUCCACACGUCCCCGAGCGCACGGAGGACUCUGAGAAGGCCAAGGAGGAGGCGCAGGAGGAGCACGGCGAGCAGGGGAGCGCGUGCGGCCGUUGGCUGCGCCGGGUCUGCCCCUGCUGCUGCCCGAGGCCCAGCCACGAUGACAUCACCGACAUUCUGGUCAAGCCGGGCGAGAUCGAAGGGCCGGACGGCGAGAAGCCGGGGACGGCCGGCAGCGAGCUCCACGAGGUCCUGCUGACGGUGAAAUCCGUGGACCUGAUGGCGAGCCAGUCGGGGGAGAACCGCAGGGAGCACCACACCGACCGGUACCGAAGUGACGACCUCAUCGUCCGCAGGGGGCAGACGUUCCUGAUGUGGGUCACGCUGUCACGACCCUUCCGCCAGGACGCCGACAAACUCCACCUGGAGCUGAAGACAGGGAAGCUGCCCACCGUGGCGAAGGGAACCCAUGUGAUCAUCCCACUGGUGGAGGAGUUGGCUGACGACCGCUGGGAGGCCGCCGUGGUGAAGCAGGUCGACAAAAAGAUAAUGCUGUCGGUGAACUCGUCGCCCACGGCCGCCAUCGGCCGCUAUCGCCUCGCGGUGGAAACCAACAGCGGCAGCGUCACGGCCGUCUCCCGACACGACUCGGCCAGCGACAUCUUCCUGUUGUUCAACCCCUGGUGCGAAGACGACCCGGUGUUCAUGGACUCUGAAAAAGAGCUGCAGGAAUACGUCCUGAACGACGUCGGGCGGAUCUACUACGGCACUCAGAACCAGAUCGGCGUGCGGACUUGGUGCUACGGACAGUUCAACAGCGGGAUCCUGGCGGCCUGCAUCUACCUCCUGGAGAAGAGUGCCACCCCUCCGUCCGGGUGGAGCGACCCCAUCAACGUGGUACGGGUCAUCUCGGCCAUGAUCAACUCCAGUGAUGACGGUGGAGUCCUGGUGGGGAAUUGGUCAGGUGACUACGCAGGCGGAACCAGUCCGACCACCUGGAGCGGGAGCGUCGAGAUCCUGAAGCAGUACCACGAGGGCGGCGGCGCCUCCGUGCGGUUCGGCCAGUGCUGGGUGUUCGGCGGGGUCUUCACCACGGUCUUGCGCUGCUUGGGAAUUCCGAGCCGCACCGUCACCAACUUCAGCUCGGCUCACGACACCGACGUCUCCCUGACGACAGAUGUGUACCUGGACGAGAACAUGGACCCCAUCGACGAACUCAACCACGACUCCAUCUGGAACUUCCACGUGUGGAACGACUGCUGGAUGGCUCGUCCUGACUUGCCCCCGGGGAAUGGGGGCUGGCAGGCCGUCGACUCCACCCCCCAGGAGACCAGCCAGGGCACGUACCGCUGCGGCCCCGCCUCUCUCGCCGCCAUCCGCAACGGUCAAGUCUUCCUCAAACACGACAGUCCCUUCGUGUUCGCUGAGGUGAACAGCGAUAAGAUCUACUGGCAGAGGAAGGCGGAUGGGACCUUCGGUCAGAUCUACAGUGAGAAGAACCUGGUGGGCCACUUCAUCAGCACCAAGGCCGUCGGCAGCGAUGAGCGCCAUGACAUCACAGACCUUUACAAGCACGCCGAAGGGUUGGAGGAGGAGCGCAUCGCCGUGGAGACGGCGUGUAGCUACGGCUCGAAAUCCAAGGCCUUCUCCUCCUCGCUGGCGCGGGACGUCUCCUUGGAGGUGACCAUGGACGGAGACGGGCCCAGGAUGGGCGCGGACGCGGAUCUGAGCGUCACGUUGAGAAACAGCAGCUCCGAGCCGCGCACGCUGACCCUGCACAGCACGGCGGCCGUCAUGUACUACACCGGCGUCCUCAAGGCCACCGUCAGGAAGGACGUGACGGACGUGGAGCUGCAGCCCAGCGAAGAGAGGUGUCUGGAGUGGAGCCUGGACUACGAGCUCUACAGGGACCAGCUGGUGGACCAGGCCGCCCUGAUGCUGACGCUGUCGGGCCGGGUCAAACAAACGCAGCAGGUCCUCGCCACGCAGUUCAGUUUCCGCCUCCGCACCCCCGACCUCGUCAUCAAGCCCAUUGGGGCGGCGGUGGUGGGAGAAAAGAUGGCGGUGCAGAUUUCCUUCACCAACCCGCUGCCACAAGUGCUGAAAGCGGUGACCUUCCACCUGGAAGGACUGGGCCUCCUCUCGGCUCGAAAGAUCCGCUACGGAGACAUCGGCAGCCGUGCGUCCGUGUCCCUGACCGAGCAGUUCACCCCCUCCCUGCCCGGCGCCAGGAAGCUCUUGGCCUCGCUGGACUGCAGGCAGCUGACGCAGGUCCACGGCGUGGCCGACAUCACGGUGCUGAAGAAGUGAUUCGGAGGCGCUCAGCCGCCACCGAGGCCGGGCCAAUAGCUCCAAAUGCCGCCUCGAGUCCGGUGACAAGCGGGGAAGCGGCGCGUGUCCGCCGGUGAAGAACGAACUCUCGAUACACCAGAAGAGAUGUUACGGUGUUCAGAGUGAACGGCGAGCUGCCAGAAACAAAAAGACUUAAAGCUGAGGCACAAUCAUCGUAAAGGAGUCCGACAUUAAGCAGCUAGUUAACAGCUAGUUAACAGCUAGUUAACAACCCCACAGAGCUGAUGCUUAUCUGUCAGCUACGUCCAUCCUGGGAUGACCUCGUGUAAACUAAAGAUUGCCAAAAGAUCAACAUAAUCAUCAUAAUAUAUGUAUGAUGUUUGGAAAAUCAGUUAAUUUACCAUUUUUUUACUUUUUACUGUGUUUUUCCCUCAGAAUGUACAUGAAAAGAGGACUUGGUUUGUGGACAAAAGGCCUCUAAUAUCUAGUUCGUCAUUUUGUCCGUUACCAUGUUGAUUUAUUGCAGCUGAGUGACACAAGAAGACGAAGACUUGUAGUCGCCCCCUGGUGGACAUGAGAGGAAAUGCAGCUUUAACACAUGAAGCACUGCGUGUUUUUAGGGAGACACAAAAUAUGCAAAUAUGACUGUACACUCUAUUUACAACACAUUAUCAUAAGUGUAUUAAGAGCAUGAUAUAAAUGAAUGAUUCUUUUGAUAACAUGCUGAUAUCUCAGGGACGAUGCGUAAAACAUCAAGGAAAUCUAAAUCUAAUCUUAAAACAAAAAUAAUUAUAAGCCGCAAACAUCCGUAACAUGAAUCUCUGACUGUUAACAAUGUGGAAAAGUGAACAGCAGUAUUUACGAGUGUUAAACAAAUCAAAUGUGAUAAUACUGUCGAUAACACAAUCAGAAUAAUAUGAAUAGAAUGUUGGUAGAUGAUUUGUUGGUUUGUUUACCCAGAAGAUUGUUUAAUGAAUGUUUCUAUGGUUCAUAUAAGACAAUAAAGAAGUUGUUUACUGC